CUUGUCACACGUGAGCUGCCCCUCAGCUGGACCAAGACUCUUUACAACGAGCAUCUUCUUUGCCCCAGAGUUGGGAUCGCCAGGACUCGUCGGCCACUUCGGACCUUCCGCCGCAGCCUGCCAGGUGACCCUACUGCUGAGGAGAUGGUAAAUUCCCCAGUUUCCCUGGACUCGUUUCAGCGGGUACCUCAGCCCAGCAGUCUCGUCUUCCUCAUCCAUCUCCUCCUCUUCUUCCAGCCUCAGGAAUCAAACUCAGGUAGCGUAUCCGAUCUGCAGCCCAGCCAGCCAGGACGUGAGCGUAUCAGCUCCCACCGACCCCUCCUGCAGGUGCUCCGGGCUGUGGUCUGUAGCCACGCCAGGAUGAUUCUAUUCAAGUUCAAAGGCACCGUCAAGGCUGAGAAUGGGAAGCUUGUCACCAGUGGAAAGUGCAUCUCCGUCUUCCAGGAGCGAGAUCCCGCCAACAUCAGAUGGGAGAUGCGCUGUAUUUGGCCAUUGUUCUGUCUUCUCAUCCUAGAGGAGGUUAAGGUGAUUGGCCCUGGGGAGUCCAUCCUGGCGAAUGUCGGGGAAGAGGUGGAGUUCCCGUGCCACCUGUCCCCCUACCGAGACGCAGAGCACAUGGAGAUCCUCUGGUUCCGGAGCCAGGCCUCCGACGUGGUGCACCUGUACCAGGACCGGCGGGAGUUCCCGGGGCGGCAGAUGGCGCAGUUCCAGAACAGGACCACACUCAUCAAGGACGAGAUCUUGGACGGCACCGUGAUCCUGCAGCUUCAGGACGUGGUCCCCGCCGACCAGGGCCCUUACGGGUGCCGCUUCCUCUCCCGCGACGACUCCUUCUCCGGUGAAGCUGUGUGGGAGCUGGAGGUCGCAGGGAUGGGGUCAGACCCUCACAUCUCCCUUGAGGGCUUCAAGAAAGGAGGCAUUCAGCUCAGGUGCAGCUCCAGUGGCUGGUACCCCAAGCCUCAGGCUCAGUGGAGGGGCCACGUGGGACAGUGCCUGCCUCCGGAGUUCGAAGCCAUCACCCAGGACGCCCGCGGCCUGUUCGGUCUGGAGACAUCUGUGGUCGUCCAAGGCGGGGCCCACAGCAACGUGUCCUGCUCCAUCCAGAACCCUGUUCUGCUCCAGAAGAAAGAGUUUGUGGUCCAAAUAGCAGGUCAGUGGGCGGACAAGGACCGAGGGAAACUCACCGCGGAGCUGGGGAAGGUGCAGUCAGAGCUUGACUGGAGAAGAGCUGAAGGCCAGGCUGAGUGGAGAGCAGCCCAGCAAUAUGCAGUGAACGUGACCCUGGAUUGGGCCUCAGCACACCCCAGCCUGGAGGUCUCCCAGGACGGCAAGAGCGUGUCCUCCCGCGGGGCCGGGGCGGCGCUGGUCCCGGCUGUGCCGGGAGACCCGCAGCGGUUCACCGACGUGGGCCGGCGCAGCCGCUGGUUCCUGGGCGCCUGCCUGGAGGCGGUGGCGCGCGCGGGGCCGGCGCGCCUGAGCCCGGCCGCGGGCUACUGGGUGAUGGGGCUGUGGAACGGCUGCGAGUACUUCGUGCUGGAGCCGCAGCGCCGGGCGCUGUCCCUGCGCGUGCCGCCCCGGCGAGUGGGCAUCUUCCUGGACUGCGACGCCGGGAAGCUGGCCUUUUUCAACGUGUCCGACGGCUCCCACAUCUUCACCUUCACCGACACCUUCCCGGGACCGCUCUGUGCGUACUUCAGGCCCAGAGCCCCCGACGGCAGCAAACGCCCCGAUCCGCUCACCAUCUGCCCGUUGCCCGUUCGAGGAACACGCGUCCCCGAAGAGGAGGACGGUGACACCUGGGCACAGCCUUACGAGCCCUCGGCGCCCCCCAUGGACCCAUGGUGAGGCGCGCGCUCGCCGGGUGGAGGACGCGCCGCCAAAAUGCCAGCAAAGGCGACAGACAGACAGCACAGCGGAAGGGAAACAGAAAGGGACUUGGCCUGCGUAGACGUGUCUCUGUGUUUAGAAUUUUCCUUUUUAAAAAAGAGGCAAUUCCCAAGCUUGUCUGUGUGUAUCAUAGGAUUGAGAAAGUGAGGAAAACAUUGAUGUUGCCAGGAGCCACUGUGCUCACCGCCCAAAGG